GGGACUGAAAAUAUCUAAGGACCAUUCCAUAAUAAACUACUAUUGUUAUUUUCAUAACCUGUAUUGAUCAAGCUGUGACCUAACAGCUCCUUUUUCCAUCUCUCUCUCUCCUCCCUCUUGACCUCCAUUACAACAUAUUUCCAUCUCCUUCUCCUUCUCUUCCAUAUCUAAAUCCAAUCUUUCUGACUUUACAAACUGUUUUUGCAACUAUUUUAUCUCUCUGUAUCCACCAUCUUUUUUGGAAAAUAAUUCUUUGUCUAUCGUCCCUUUUUCUUCAUUUUUCCAUCUAAAUCUUGAUUCUCCUUACUUCCAACCCUUCCUCGCAAACCCUAACUCCUUAAACCACUCCAAAUCAACAGCCUUUGAAGAUAAACCUCCAAAGAUAUAUGUUAUAGCAUCACUCCCUUCUCAACUUAAAAAUACAUUAUAUAUAUAUAUAUUAUCCUCAUUUGUUAUUUUCUCUAUCAAAGCUUAUUAUUCUUUUGAGCUUCACCUCAUACGAUUUAAUUUUUCUAUCCCUUGUUUCUUCAAGAUUUUAAGUAUGGAUCCUAGUUUUGCUCCAAUAAAAGAAGAGGUUCCUGGAUCUAGUGAGCCUUCUUCUUUUAUGUGGAUUCCUCAACCAAUGGAGGGGCUUCAUGAGAAUGGCCCUCCACCAUUUCUAACAAAGACUUAUGAACUUGUGGAUGAUCCAAACACUAACGAUAUUGUUUCUUGGAGUAGAGGUAAUAACAGUUUCAUUGUUUGGGAUCCUCAAACCUUUGCCAUGAAUCUCCUUCCAAGGUAUUUCAAGCAUAGCAAUUUCUCAAGCUUUGUCAGGCAGCUCAAUACUUAUGGAUUUAGGAAGGUUAAUCCAGACGAAUGGGAGUUUGCUAAUGAAGGUUUUUUGAGGGGGCAAAGGCAUCUCUUGAAAGCAAUUAGGAGGAGAAAGACAAGUUAUUUCCAUCCUAGCCAAGCUUCAAAUCAAGGUAUAGACUCUUAUAUUGAAUUGGGAAAGCUUGAAUUAGAUGGAGAAAUUGAUCGAGUAAGGCGCGAGAAGCAGGUUUUAAUGAUGGAACUGGUGAAGCUUAGACAACAGCAGCAGACUACUAAAUCAUACCUUAAAGCAAUGGAAGAAAAGCUUAAAAGGACAGAACAAAAACAGCAACAAAUGAUGAAUUUCUUGGCUAAAGCAAUACAAAAUCCAAGAUUUUUGGAGCAGAUGUUGCAGCAAAAGGAAAGAAGGAAAGAACAAAUAGAGGAUGAAAUUAGGAAGAAGAGAAGGAGGCCAAUUGAUCAAGGUCCUAGUAAUAAUGUUGGAGUUAUAGAAUUAGGUCAUGGUGUGAAUGAUGGAAAUCAUAGUAUAAAGCAAGAAUCUCAAGAAUAUUAUGGUGAAAUUUAUGGAUUUGGUGAUUUUGAAUUGGAGAGACUUGCUAUGAGUAUGCAAGGACCAAGUGGGAACACAAUCAGUAUUGAAGACUACACCAUUGAGAAAGAAGAUAUAGGAGAAUUAGAAAGUGAGCAUAAAUCAAUUGAUGAAUGAUUUUGGGAGGAUUUGUUGUAUGAAAAUGUUGAAGAUGAUAUCACUGUACUUGGUAUUGAAGAAAAAGAUGAAGAUGUGGAUGUUUUGGCUCAGCAGCUUGGAUUUUUGGGUUCUAGACCAAAGUAAAGAGCUUGGUACUUAUUUCUGGUUUAGUUAUGACUUGACUGUCCACCACUAUUAGUAUUCCAUUCCUAAUUUGGCUUUGAUUAUUUUAUUUAUAUCCACCGACAGUGUAAAUAAUUUUCUCAUUGUCAAUGUAGUUUCACCUUUUAGUGACAAAAAUCUUAGUUCCAUGAUUUCUAUGGCUAAAUUUUAGAACUACAAGUUAGAUGCUAAUUUGAAGUUCUUGGAACUUGAAAUCUUUGGUUAUGGAAAAGUGCCAUUCAUUCUUUCUA